GCGAUGAGGUGUAGCUAAACGCAUACCCACAGUAAUUGCGGUUAGGUUCAGGCGAUGAGAUGUGAGUGCGCGCUUAAAACUGUUGUACUCAGUCGGCGGGAGUCUGAACACUUGAACGGCAGUGGACUCUGAUCGAGAUCCGGCCAUGUCGUGCUGCAAGCAUCCCGGUGCAGCCUUCUGGGCAUUUGGGAGGGAGGAGGGGGGCGUGGGGGCGGCGGCUUCCUCGCGUGCAUCCAGGAGCGCCACCUCUAACAGUAUGCUUUCGUCGGUUUUCUGGUCGCUCCUGCCGUGUAUAGUGACGGGCGCACUGUUGAUGAGCUUAUGCUGCGCUCCAGGUUGGGAUCUCCUGCGGCCGCCGUAUGCCUGUGGAACAUGGAAACGGGUGAGCUCGCUCGUCGGAGGGGAAAGGCGCGUUCAUGCUGUUCGCGAUGCUGAAGCAGUGGGCUGUCAACAAGGCAAUGACUGCGGCGGGCUGGACCGUGAGCGGGGGGGGGAGGAGGAGGAGGAGGAGGAGGACGAGGGGAAUUGGCGGGAGGACGAGGGGAAUUGGCGGCGGGAGUAUCUGGGGGAAGAAGGGAGGAGCGGGAAACAACAACGGCGAUUUUGGGAUAACAAGUACGAAAGUUGGCAGCGGUUGAGAGGAGUUAAAAGAGGAAGAGGAGGAGGGGGAGGAGAAGGAGGAGGGGGAGGAGGAGGAGGAGGAGGAGGAGGAGAAGGUGGUGGCUACUCCGACCGUUUCCAGGAUGUGGCUGGUUUGUCGUGGAAGGGCGUUAAUACCCGCCGACCUUCUGGACAAGGGGCUGAUGGAGGAAGAGUUGUCAGUGGGGAGAAAUGGCAUCAAGGUGAGGAGGAGGAGGAGGAGGGGGAGGGAGAAGAAGGAAUCGUGCGGUCGGAAGAAGGGAAGGAAGAGAGUUCAACGAAAUAUCCUUAUGAGCGGAAUGGUCCCUUCCACGUCGGCUCCGCAACACAGAUUGGUGUCGCGAUGAACGACUCAACUGCAGAGUGCUUCACUCCCUUCGUGAAUCUCUGCUACGUGUCAGUUGAUGUUUACUACCCCAUUGCAGCCAAUCACUCGGGGAUCUCGAGAUCGAAAGGCGACCUAGCAGCGGCGCCAGGAUGGAGGAGAGGAGGCGGAGGAGGAGGAGGCGGUGGAGGAGGAGGAGGGUAUGAAGGAGGGUACCCUUUGGCCAUCUUCUCUCCCGGGUUCGGGUUGGGCACUGAUAGCUAUUCCAGUUUUGGCAGUCGGCUGGCUUCCUGGGGAUACGUCACGCUCCUGUGGGCGCCCACCGUCGAGAACGCCUUCUUCUAUCUGUCACACAGAUCCCGAGCGCUGAUUGCCGUGGGAUUGAUAGAUUGGGCGAUUGCUCAGGGCAUGCAUCCCGACUCAGCGCUGUGUGGGCUGAUUGAAAGCAGCAGCUCGUGCGCUUCUGUCUUGAUCGCGGAUGGUCGCAGAGCGCCGAUCGCGAUCCCGACUCCAGUGCUGUUGUCGUAUCUGAAGCAAGCCACAUGGACAAGAGCGGGCCAGCAGCAGCAGCAAGGAGGAUGGUCGAGCCCUGAUGGGAUGCCACGUGUCUUCAUGAUGGGUCACUCCGAUGGCGGGAAGACGGCCAUGCUAGCCGCUGAGUUUGAUCGACGCGUAAUUGGUGUUCUUGGGUUUGACCCAGUGGAUUGCCCACCCCCCUACGCGGUAAGUGGGGAGUAACUUAUUUAGCUUUUUCUUUUUUGUAUUUAUCUAUUUCCAUUUUCGUAUUGUGAUUUUAAUUUUGUUUGAUGUUGUUGGUUUCGACCCGGAGGAUCGCCCACCCGCCCUACGCUGUAAGUCGGACUAUCUUAUUCUGCUUUUUCUUUGUUUUUUUGUUUUUUUUUUAGUUUUGUUGUUGGUGUUCUCGUUUUUUUGGUGUUAGUUUAGUUUUGUUGUUGUUGGUGGUGGUCUCUGCUUUUGACCUGGUGGAUUCCCCAACCCCGUACUCUGUAAGUGAGAUUAGCUUAUUUUGCU